UUUACUGCGUAGGUUAUACCUACCAUUAUAAAAAUGGAAAUGGGUAACUCACUACAGAGUGAAAUGUUGACUCAUCGACACGCUUCGUUCCUGUAAUUUAUCUAUACUCAUUCGCAUAUAUGAACUAGGAUCUCUGAGACCAAUCCUUAUCAAUUUACUCAUCCUAUAUAAUUUUCUAUCGCUUCAAAUAGGGUCGAAAUGACGUCAUUGAUGGAGAAUUGUGAUUUGUCCUACCGAUCUGAGACCAAUCCUUAUCAAUUUACUCAUCAUGUAAUUUUCCAUCGCUUCAAAUAGGGUUAAAAUGACGUCAGUCAUGGAGAAAUGUGAUUUAUCCUACCAAGUUAGCGAUUGUCAUUUGAUCGGAAAUACUCGGUUAGCAAUUUAUGAAAUCAUCGACAAUUCUGAGAUAAUUUACGAAUGUAAACUAUAAAUGGUGAUUAUUCGAUUACACAAAUGGUAUUUUACAAUUAGAGAAAAUUAUUUCAAAAAAAUUCACAGUAUACGGUUAUAUUUGAUUAAAAAUAUGGCGGUUCGAGCGGUAGGAACGAAGAAAAGCUGCGUCAUAAAAGAGAUGUUCGCGCCAUUUAAAUUAUCAAAUGAAACCUUAUGCAGUAUAAUGAAUCGACUUUUGACUUCCAUCAAUCAAGGUUUAUCGAAGGAUACUCAUACCAAUGCUCCAGUCAAAUGUUAUCAAACGUAUAUUUACGAUUUUCCAACUGGAGAUGAAACGGGUAAAUUUUUGGCAAUUGAUUUUGGUGGAGCGAAUUUCCGGAUAUUGGUGAUUACGUUGGAAAAAGGUCGUUCGUAUAAGGUUGAUUCUCGAACGUAUGUUUUUCCUGAUGAAAAAUUAGAAGGAAAUGCUGACGAGUUUUUCGAUUACAUCGUAGAAUGUUUGAGAACAUUUCGAGAAGAACUGAACUUGGGUGAAGAAAAACUACCACUCGGAUUCUGUUUCAGUUUUCCAGUCCAACAAAAAAGUCUAAAUUCUGGUAUUUUGACGAGAUGGUCGAAAAGAUUCAAUAUAAAAGGCGCAGUGGGGAAAGACGUCGGUGAAUUGUUCCAAAAAGCUUUAGAAAGACAAAACAUGAUUAUUAGACCGUUUGCUAUCUUGAAUGAUACCACAGGGUGUCUUUUGUCGUGUUCUUGGAGCGAACCAACGUGUAGAGUGGGAGUCAUCAUAGGUACUGGUACGAAUGCGUGUUAUUACGAAAAAAGAGAAAAUAUCGAAUUGUAUAAUGGAAAACCAGAUAAACCAGGGAUGGUGAUAAACACCGAAUGGGGUAAUUUUGGCGCUGAUGGAUCAUUGAAUGAUAUAAUCACCGAAUUCGAUCGUCAACUCGAUACUGGAUCUUUAAGACCUGGAAGUGAAACCUUUGAAAAAAUGGUAAGCGUUAUGUAUGUCUGCGAACUGAUCCGAUUAUCCAUUGUGAAAUGUACCGAAAUGAAAUAUUUAUUCGGUGGCGAAGUCGUCCAAACAUUAAAAAAUAAAGGAUCAUUUUUACCCGAUUAUUUGUACAGUAUAGAAAACGAUGAUGCCGAUUUACGUAAAACAAUGGGGCUAUUCGAAAGUCUAAAAUGUGAACAUGUCUCUAUUCAAGACUGUGUAAACGUUCGUUAUAUUACUCACACUAUUUGUAAACGAUCAGCUCAUUUAUUAUCAGCAGCAAUCGCGACAAUAAUUAAUAAAAUGUCGGUAACGCCUUCCGUUGUCGGUAUCGAUGGCGGAUUUUACAGAAACCAUUCGAAAUACUCCGAAAUGAUUACAGAAAAAAUUAGAUGCAUGAUUAAUCCAAAUAUUCAGUUCAGUUUGGUACUUUCUGAAGAUGGAAGUGGUCGAGGAGCAGCUUUGGCUGUAGUCGGUUUGAAAGAAUAAUCUCAUCGUCUGCGUGAUCAAAAUUAUGUAAAAUGUUGUCGCUAGUAUUAAUUUAAUCACUAAACGAGUUUUGUAAUAAACGAAGAUUAUUUUA